UGGGUGUCUCAAUAAAGGCUUGUCAGAUACUCCGCAGCUGUGGUGAAAGCAGGUCAAGGCAGGGAUAGAGGCCGGUUUUCAUAGUCCCCGGAGCGACCGCAAGGGGCCACAUCGACUACAUUCCAUGCCUCCUUUCCGGGCUCGUAUUGCUUCCCCAGGAUUCAUCCAUGUGGCAUGUGGUAGUGCGGCUGCCGGCCCGAAAGAACCGAGUUACGCAGACAACGUAUCAGAUCUCCGGACCCCACUUGCCUCAUGCACUACCCCAGAAAUGCCACGGGGACGGCCCUGCGCACCGUCUUCUCCGGUCUGUGCUCAAGCCACAAACCACUCCUGUCGGCCCAGACUCACAGCUCCAACACGCCACUCACAAACAAUCAACCUCGCUGGGUCGCGAUGUAGAUUAACUCGCUAUCGCACCACAUACCAAUCACCAAGCACGGGCCAUUGGUCCCCGCGAUGCAGGAGUCUUGCCCCCCACCCCCAGGUGACAUGUGGAUGACACUUGGACCGAAAGAAGUUGAAUUUUUCUAGCCUUCCUUGCGUUGAUAACUUUCAUGAGACUACAUGCAGUAAUU